AUGGAGGCGGGUCCUCUUUCAGCAACUAAUAAUGAUACAUCAAAUAAUAAUAGUUUUCAAAUAGACAAUGAACCUUAUAUCAAUGGUGGUGGCCUCAUAUAUGCAAUAUUAAGCUCGGUUUCUCUCUUUUGUAUGAUAAUUCUUUCAAUUAUAUACGGACGACUCGAUUACAAUCGUAUAUUUGUAUAUUUUUGUAUAUCCAUGGUUUCACUCUAUAUACCCCACGUACUUGGAGCUUGGAUUUAUGGAGCAAACUUAGAUCAAGCACCCCAAGUGAUAUGUUGGAUUCAAGCGUUAUGGAUCAAUGCAUCAGGGAUAGCUGCAGGAAUCACAGUAUUAAUAUAUUCCUUUGAGAUUUAUAGGAGUUUGGUUUUACGCGUAACUGAAGGUGAAUGGCUACGACGAAAAUUUUAUUUGGCCACGUUAAUGAUCAUUCCAAUAUUAGUCGGUAUUAUUCCUCCAGUUUUAAUUGCCGAGAGACCGAAUGGAAUUUUGCCAGGCCCUAUUCAAGGUUGGAACACUCUAACAAGUCUUUUUGGAAUUUAUUUUUCGAUACGAACUGCCAUCAUGGUAGUAAAAUUUAUUUAUAUUCGAAAAGGUAUUGUUAAACCAAAACCCUCCUCAAUCGUAACUCGAACAUCCCGUAAUACUGGAGUUGAACCUAGUGCAACAAUGGCAUCACUUCCAAAUUUUCAUAAUACGCGACAAAUUGAUGAGAACCCUCCCCUUUCCUCUAGAACUAUUGCUUCUAUACCAAUUUUUGUAUGUAUACGGUUAGUGACAUUUGGAGUUUUAUAUUGUGCCGUAACUAUUUUAGUUUACGGAAGAAAUUUAGUUUUAAGCAUCAAAGAAACUCCUUAUGAUCCUAAAAAACCUUUUAUGGAAUAUAUAAUUGCAUCGUUGGGUAUAUUAUUAUUCAUAGUUUUUGGAACUUCAAUGGAAGCGAUUCGAGCGUAUUGGAAAUUUGUUAAAAUUAUAUUUAGUUGUCAAUGUUUUAAACUGGGACGCGAUGAAAGUUUUAGUGAUUGGGAAAUUCAGAAAGCCAAAAGAGAAGAAAUGGAAAAGGCCAAAAAUUCUAAACACAGUUCGCGACAAAGUGAUAAUCAAGAAAUGACUUGA